ACCACACUUUCAGUGUCAGUUCCUGUGGUAUAACGGACCUCACUGGCAGAAUCGACAGAGGACGAGUGACUAAAUUAGCCAUGAAAAUGCCAACAAUUUAUUUACUGCUGUGCCUGUUUGGGCAUCUGCCAGCUUUGAUUAUUUCAACCACUGAAACAGUGGAACCUACUGGUGUAACGACGGAGGCGAGUACUGCUAAUCAGAACGAAGGAACUGUCAGCUAUGCAAGUUCCACUGAUUCUAGCAGCACUGAAUCUGCUAUUCACAUGACAACAAAAGGAAUCCCAGGCGUAGGAACCCCAGACUAUUCUGACACAGCAGCCCCAGAAAAUGGAACAGAGUCAGCCAACAGAACAACAAAGUGCCCCCCAACAGUUUGCACACCCACCUCUACUGGCGCCACAACAUCCAUUGCACCUACUAGUGCUUCAACAACCAGCCGCACAUCAGCGCAGGCCACCACUGCAGCAACGGCAGGCGGCAGCGACACGACAGGAUAUAUAAUUCUCAUGGUGCUUCUCCUGGCCAUUAUCAUUCUUGUGGCUGUAAUUUAUUUUAUGCGCAAGAAAUCAAGGAGGUACUCUUUUGACCUGAAUCCCAAAUGCGGUGAAGAGUCUAACAUCCCAUUAAACAAUAUGGAACAAGAGGGUACCUUUCAACCCGCAUCAAAAGAUGAUGACAAACCGCCAGCCACCGAGUGCGUGCAAGAAAACCAAGUCAUCUCGAAAGAUACCAACUCGGUGCCCAAGGGGUCUACGUCAGAGGUUGCAGCGGAUGGCGAAAACGGUGGAAUAGAGCCUGAGAAGCCCCCCAGUGAGGACAGCUUCAGCUCCCAGGUGCCCCUGUCACCCAAGGAUGAGCCUGGGACGUUCACUCUGGACCUGCACGACCUCGACCCCAACCCCUCCAACCGCACCUCAAUGGAGACUCUAGACGAGCUGCAAAAUGAGAACAACAAUAACGGCAUAGGGAGCCAUGCAGCGGACAGAGUUGACCCUGGAAAGGAAACGAGCCAGGCCAUUCCAAAUGGGGAAUUCAUUGAAAUUUGCCUUGACGAACCCAAGUAACCGAGGCUGUCUCUCCAGUGUUAAGAACACACGUCUGGCAGGAGACGAUAUGAAAAGAAAAUCAGUACCGAUGCAGAUCUUCGAAUUCAAACUGGAACCAGAAUUCUUCAGCUCAUGUUGAUUCUCAAUCACCGCCUUCACACUUUCAGUCUUGUUUCACUUAAUCAUGUGUUAAAUAUUUCCGUACUUGACAUAGCUCAGAACUGAUGCGCAUGUAUCAGACCAACCUCUCUCUGAACACAAUAAAUCAUCAGUAUGGUUUUAUUCUUUGCUUUGUUCAUACUAAGGUGCCUGUAAAUACAUGUAUGAUUGUGAAUUAUACUUUUAUAGUACUAAAGUAGGGAGGAUACUACAUUAAGAGAGUGUACAUGCAAAUUAACUCCCAACUCAAACUUCUAAAUAUGCAAGUGGCUUUUCUUACAACAGAGAGACUGGGUAA